ACAUGGGAAUCAAUUUGCUGUAAACAAAACGAUAAACAAAACAAAUCGAUAUUUAUAAAAAUAGCAGUAAAAGCUUCUGUGCAGCAAUACUACUCAGUAAAAUGAGCGCUACGUUAGUGAAUAUAGCCGAGGAGGACUUCUUCGGCACGGUCAUACGGUACGGUUUGUACGUUGGAGCGAUUUUUCAAAUGGUCUGCCUAGCAGCAUGCAUCGUUCUGCCCGAUUCUUCCGGUGCAAGUGGUGAUCCGGGAAGUUGGUCGCCGAAGAAUAACGAUAGUGAAGAUUCUAGUUCGGAACAUUCGUCACCGCAAAACACACCUAGAAGACCAUACCAUCGUAGCCGUAAGCAGGACAAGAAGAAGCGUCGUUAAACUACUUCGAUGAAGACAUUUUUUUAGCAUUCCCAAAUACUAGCCCUGCAACAUGUGAGAUGUUUUGUGCUUUAGCUUUCCAUGGUGUUUGUAGAGCGGCUUCAGUAACUUCUAUUGAUUGACAUCCCAAAAGACAAGAUCUCUGUGUGUACUUACUAAUGGCUAGUAGUGAGAAAUGAUUACUCUUACCUUUCUAGAUACCCACCAGCAUUCGGGGCUAAAUGUAAUAUUGUAUUUAUUGUCAACGCAUUAAACAUUGUACUUCAAAUGUA